AUGGAAGAGUUGUGUAAAUAUAAGAGCACAAGAUCUAUUUAUAAAAGAGCGCCGAACAUCUACAAGUUACUAAGGAAUGAUAAGGACAAGAUAGGAAUGAAGGAAAAAGCUGGGGUUUAUAGAAUUCCUUUUGAAAAUCAACAAUUAGGAGUAGAAAAAGAUUAUGUGGGCGUAACCACAAGGAACCUGGCAGUUCGUUUAAAGGAGCAUAUGUAUGAUGUUAGUAAAGGGAACAACAACACUAUCUUGGCAAUCAUGGCGCAAACAGAUGGUGCAAGUGUUAAAUGGGAUGAGGCACGAAUUGUUAAACCGGUCCAUUCUCCGACUAUUGCCUUUGGCAUAGAAAAAAUGGAGAUUUAUAAGAUUAUAGUUGAUGUUGAUGUUGUAAAGUAUUUGCUGAAUACCGUCAAAUUCAGAUACGUUUUGACGAGGAGAUUUAACAGUGAUCCAAUUGAGUCAUUCUUUAGCUGCAUUCAUCAGUUUAAUGGAGGAAAUGACAAAUUAGAUGCACGAUCAGCAUCUCUUACAACGCAAAUGAUUUUAAAAGUUGGUAUCUUACAGGCUGCACAGAAUGGAAAUGCACCAUGCUCUUCUUUCUCCUCAAAGUUGUUACCAGUUAUGACAGAAACCAAUUUUAAUGUUGAAGAUAAAGUCUGUAAAUUGCAUUAUUCUUCACUGUCUAUUUUACAAAAAUUGCAAUCCCUCACACAAGACUGCAGUGUUCCCUGUACAAUUGAAAAUGCUUCUCUGGCAGUUAUCAGUGGCUAUUUAAUUAGAGUUCUUAAAGAGAAGGUUGCAUGCCAUGAGUGUCUUGAAAUCCUCAACCAUCCCACAAGUAAUGGAGUUCUUUUUGGCUUAAUAUCAAACCAGGAUAGAGGACAGCUUCGGUAUCCGAGAUCAAAGCUGGUGGGGGUAAUUAGAAUUCUUACAGAUUUUUUUGAUGACGUACUGACAUACACAAAUCCUCGCCAGGCUGAUUUGAAAGUUAAGCUGGUAAAGGUCAUUGAAAAACUGCCCAGUACUGUAGUGUAA